AUGUCAACAAAUAUUCUUGAAAAGAAGAAGUAUACAAGAAAACAAAUAGCCGAGCGAAUUGUCGAUCAUGGAGACUUGCUUGUCAUCUAUCUUAAUAAAAUUUAUCGUCUCAAUGCGUGGAUUAAACAUCAUCCGGGCGGAGAAAUGGCUAUUUUACAUAUGGUUGGCAAAGAUGCAACUGAUGAAAUAAAUGCGUAUCAUUCCGAUCAUAUCCUACGCACGAAAUUACCGUCGUUCUACUUCGGAGAUGUCGAUAAUCAAAAUUGUGGUGAAUUUAAAUCUCUGAUUGCUCCUAUUCAACUUGAUACUCGCCGACAAGACAUUAAUAACAAUCAGGUUUUAACAAGCGAAAGUUUAAUGCAUUUCGAUGAUGCGAAAAUGAUUCAAAAUUCCGACGAGCAUAAACAUAUCAUACAAGCCUACCGACAACUUGACCAUAAGCUUCGUUUUCUCGGUUUAUUCGACUGUAACUACUUCGAUUAUGCUCGAGAAUGCGUCCGUUAUUUUUCUCUUGCGUUUUUGGCUUUUUAUUUCUUCAUGACAGCAACGAGAUCCUGGCAUUAUUAUUUAUCUGCAAUAUUUCUCGGCGCUUUUUGGCAUCAAUUGACAUUCACAGCACAUGAUGCUGGCCAUUUAGCAAUCACACAUUCCUAUCGAAUCGACACAUUCAUUGGAAUUUUUAUUGCUAAUGUCUUAGGUGGAAUAUCCAUCGGUUGGUGGAAAUAUCAUCACAAUAUCCAUCAUCUCGUUACCAACUCACCUGAGCAUGAUCCGGACAUUCAACAUUUGCCGUUCUUUGCCAUUACACCCCGGUUCUUUCAAUCAAUUUACUCGACAUAUCACAAACGUAUUAUGUCAUAUACAUGUAUUUCAGCAUUCAUAGUGCAAUUUCAACACUUAACUUAUUAUGUCAUCAUGUGUUUCGCUCGUUUUAAUCUUCAGAUUCAAUCCUAUAUUCAUCUUUUCAAACAUACAAACGCACCUUAUCGUUUGAUCGAAGUCUGUUGCAUUCUAGCAUAUUGGUAUUGGUAUCUACUUGCAUUAUCUUACAUUCCAACAUAUCCGCAACGUUUUCUCUAUUUACUUCUGAGUUAUAUGAUAACCAUGCCGUUGCACGUUCAAAUAACGUUAUCCCAUUUUGGCAUGUCAACAGAAGAUUAUGGCCCAUGCGAAUCGUUCCCAGCCAAGAUGCUUCGUACAACAAUGGACGUUGCAUGUCCGACUUGGUUAGAUUUUUUUCAUGGUGGUUUACAAUAUCAAGCUGUUCACCAUCUCUUUCCACGCAUGCCACGACAUCAACUACGUGCAGCGAGUUACUUUGUUAAACAAUUUGCUGAUGAAGUUGGUCUUACUUAUCAUAUUUACGGUUUUGUUCACGGCAAUGUGAAGGUCUUGGGCGUCUUAAAAGAUGUUGCCAUGCAAAUUAAAUUAAUGCGAGAUGUUGUGACAACAACGAAUAUAUACGAUCAUCAUUAG